AGAGCAGGAAAGUCUGUGGAGUGUCCAACUUCUCAACCUGGUUCCCCCCGGGGUUGAGAGAAUUGGCUCGCCCAGCCCGAAAGCUUCCCCGGACGCCACCCUUCUAGCGGGAAGGCGCGAGCAGGUGCAGUCGGCUUCCACGUGGCUACCUGUUGUUAUGGCGACUGGACGCGGUUGGAUUCUGCAACAGCACAGCCGAAGGACCUCGCAGCCCGCAGGUCUCGCCUCCGUCGGCCAAUGGCCUGCUGAGACGGGACCGCCAGCUCUUUUUGCUCCUCCCGGCCGGGAUAGUUUGGACCCGCUCGGCUGCCCCGCCGGGGAAAGAUGCUCAACUGCUACAGCCAUGGAGUCCUCUGAAAACAAAAUGACGCACAUGAAAAAGCAGCAUUGGAAGCCCUGUGUUAAAUCGAUUUGUACAACUGGAAUUGAGAGUUUACCCUCGGAAGUAAUACUGAAGAUAUUCUCGUAUCUGGAUGCUGUGACUCUGCUGUGUGUUAGCUGCACGAAUAAACAUUUUUAUCAUCUGUCCAAUGACAAUAUGAUCUGGUUAAAAAUAUACUCCAAGUCAUUUCUCCCUAAAAGAGACAAAUGGAGGACUGAAGUGGUGCAAAAAUCAGCUGUCUCUUCGAAUCCUUAUGAUUCCCAACCUAGGGAAUCGGGAUACUGGAAGAAGGAGUACAUUGUAAGAAAAAUAGCGUCUGGCAAAGCUAGAAUAAUUCAGCUUCUGAGGCCUGUAAACACCUACACAGGCCUUCCAGUUGAAACCAAAAAUGCUAUCAAAAGGUCUGACUUGAGAUGGAUGAUCGUAUUAAGGGAAAAAAAUUGCAAUGAACAUGCAAUGGAUCAGGCAGACAUUUAUUUUAACGAGAUCUCCAUUACUGUAUUUUGGCAUGGGAUAAAUUGGCCUUGUUUAGACACUUUGUCUUGUCUGCGUUUAUAUGGAGUGACACCGGUGCUUCUAGGUGAGGGUAAAACUGAUCUCAAGAAUGGGCCUUGGCGACGCUCUUUCAUUUCUGAAUACCAGAUUGCCAAUCUGACUCAAAAUGCUAAAAUGAUUGGAUGUGAUGCACUUGUUGAACUCUACCAUGUUGAACAUGGAGUCUUGCUGGGACUUUGGAAUAAAAAUGAAAUUGCUUUUGUUAUGGCAUGUCUUCAUUACCAUCAGCUUAUUGAGCGAAGCAUCCUUGGCUCUGCUACAGCGACAUAUGCUGUAGCCCCAGAUAAGGCAAUCUUCGAUGAUAUUGACCCAGAAUACGGGCUGCAUGGGUAUCAGCUGCACAUUGAUAUGCACAGCAAAGGAAAUACUUACAUGUGUGGAACAUUUCGCAGUCUGUUUUGUAAAAAAGAUUACAUUAGAAAUGGAUACCUGAGGCUUUCAGUGAUAAGUUACAAAAAUAAUUCCCAGUAUUUGUCUCUUCGAAAAGUUGGUCUCUCUUGGAAGACAGAUGCACUUGAAGGUGUUGUUCAGGAUUGCUGCAUUAUGGAUGUGACUGUUCUGGAUGAAUCACAAAAACCAUUCUGGUGUUUUAGUGCCCCUGUCAGCUUGAUAUCCACUUUCAAAACACCUGAUAUCUGUAAAUAUUUUGGACCCAGCUAUUGCAUGACUCAUGAGGAUGCCACUGGAAAAGUAUAUGUGGAAAUGGUUUGGAUGGAAGAAACACAAGAAUACUAUGUGACAAACCUGGUUCUUUAUUUGAGCACCCAAAAAGUUAAUAGCUGGUUUGGCCGAAAUUACUGAGUGUAGUUUCUUGAAUAUAAUUUCUUUUCUUGAUGGGAAUUCAUUUGGAUUUUUAUUUUGUUAGGAAAAUGAAUGGGUCCGAUAAGGUUCAUUUUUUUAAAAAAAUGUGCAUUGAUUGUUUGUGAACAAAAAAGAAAGUAUACUUACUUUUUGGGGAUAGCUUUUAAUUUUUAAUGUAAGAUUAUAAAUGUCACUUUGAAGUGCUAUGUGUAUUACUGAAGAAAUUCACAUUAAAGCGGUCAGAAACAUUUCAUAUGA